AAUAUAAAGAUUAAGGUGAAUUUACGGGGCAAAGGCGGAGUCUUUCACAUUGAUCCAAGUCAUAGUGAAAGAGAAAGAGACAGUCAGGUGUAUAAAUACACCUGUACCUCUCAGCAUUCUCCCACUCUCUGUUAUCCUCUCAGCAUUCUCCCACUCUGUUAUCCUCUCAGCAUUCUCCCACUCUCUGUUAUCCUCUCAGCAUUCUCCCACUCUCUGUUAUCCUCUCAGCAUUCUCCCACUCUGUUAUCCUCUCAGCAUUCUCCCACUCUCUGUUAUCCUCUCAGCAUUCUCCCACUCUCUGUUAUCCUCUCAGCAUUCUCCCACUCUGUCAUCCUCUCAGCAUUCUCCCACUCUCUGUUAUCCUCUCAGCAUUCUCCCACUCUCUGUCAUCCUCUCAGCAUUCUCCCACUCUCUGUCAUCCUCUCAGCAUUCUCCCACUCUCUGUCAUCCUCAGACUCUCUGUCAUCCUCAGACACUCUCUCAUCUGCAGACUCUCUGUCAUCCUCAGACUCUCUGUCAUCCUCAGACUCUCUGUCAUCCUCAGACUCUCUGAAGCACAGCGCUCAAAGCAGUAAUAUGGCAGCUCUUCUCUUCAUUGCAACAAUCUGCUUGGGCUACGCAGCAGCAUUCUCAGAGGUACCCGUGGACUGCUGUCUGUCAACCACUGACAUCCGUUUCCCUCGGCACUUUAAGAUGGUCUCCUACCUGCUGCAGACUACAGACAGAGGCUGUGACAUCGAUGCCACUGUGUUCAUCACCAAGACAGGGGCGAGACUGUGCUCGCCCCAUCCCGCAGAGAGCAAGUGGGUGGCUGACUACGUCAAACGUCUGGAGCGAACCAUCUCCCCCCGGAGAGCUAACUCACCUCAGGAGUAAAUGAGCAGAGUAAGACCAGGAGAGGAGACGUGGAGGAGUGGAGGAGACAUUCAUUUAAACCUUUUUUAACUGAAGAGUUGUCCUAGAUACUGUAGCAGACCAAAUCGUUUUUACAAAAUACUGUACAAGAAACCCUUGUGAAUAGUGCAUACUGUAAAUUAAUAUCAUAGCAAAACCAUUUCCCAUCAAUAUUUUUAGAGAUGUGUUAGAUUGGUUUUGUAAAAUGUUAUAUUCAAGUUGUACAAUUUGUUAAUAUGGUUUGGUGGGUGGAUUAGAGAAAAUGUUGACGUGAAUGUCAGCUGUCAUGAAAAUGUAUAUUUCAAAUAAAUAUUUCCAAUAAAAUAUAGUUUUCUGUAAAA